AUGAAAUUUCUUACUUCUUUCGCCGCCAUACUAGCUUUCGUGGUCGCCAUAUCAACGCCCACUCAAGCGCUGGCGGGGCGCGAAAGAAUGACAUGUCGACGUGAUGAAUGUUGUACCUUAACGGACCAGCUCACUAGCUGCUGUCGCGCGACCAUCGCGAUGAACUUUGAUGAGUGCUGCCACCAGAGCUGCGUGUUCAACAGUCCCUGCCAGGUGAAGUAG